AUGUUAAUAUUAGCAUUAUUCCUCAUCUCGGUUGAACUAGCAUUAGGAAAACUGAAAGUUAUCGGUCCAGAAGAAUUGAAAUAGGAAUUUGCCAAAAAUAAUGCUGAAAUAGUAUUUAGCAUAGCAAACUUUGGAAAUGUUCCUUGGGGUCGUAGAUUAAGUGGGACUCUUGAUAUGUCAGAUCCAUUCGAAGCUUGCACGGAUAUUAAUUAAACUGCGAAAAGCAACUUUGUACUAAUUAAAAGAGGAGGCUGUUCCUUUGUGACUAAAGUUAGACAUGCAUAGAAAGCAGGAUAUCAAUUGGCGAUAAUAGAAGAUGAUAAGGCUGAGAUAAUAGACAACAUAACAAUGUCUGAUGACGGGACAGGAUAUGGAUUAUAAAUCCCUAGCAUUUUUAUAUCCAAAUCAGAUGGGGAGGUUUUGACAAAAUACUUGAAGAGUCCAAAAGUCAAAUCAGAAGCAGAUCAAAUUCAAUUGCUUAUCAAAUUUGAUGUUCGCUAAUAGAAAAAUGUAGAUGCCCUAUUUGCCUUCUCAAUUUAAUCAGGAGCAACAUAUAAAUUUCUAAGAGAAUUUCAACCUUAUUAUGAAAAAUUGAAAAAAGAAUAAUUUAACUUUACCAUCUUGUAUCAAUUAUAUCAAAUUAUUGAUACUCCAGAUAGACCGGUAGAUUAUAAGAAUUGUCUAAGUUAUGGUAAAUAUUGUUCCCCUGAUCCUGAUGGCAGAGGUGUUGGAACUGGAAGAAUGGUUGUCCAAGAGACACUUAGAUAGUUAUGUAUCUUUAAUCAAAGCAAAGACUAAUGGUUCGAAUAUAUGCAAUCAUUCAGAGAUAAUUGUACUUCAGCUUAAGAGUUUGAAGGUUGUUCUCCAAAGGUGCAAUUGGAAGUUGGCAUUGACAAUUAGAAAGUCGAAAAGUGUAUAAGUGAUCAGCAAUCAAUACGUAUUUUUGAAGUUCAGAGUGAGAUCUUUAAUUACAAGGAAAACAAGAUUCUAGAUGAUUAAUUGAGACUAUGGAAUACUGCUGGUAUACAGGAAUUGCCAGGAAUCAUAAUAAAUCAUUAAGAUUACUUAGGAUAAAUCACUGGAGCAAAUGUUUUCCUUGAUAUUUGUUAUAGUUUUGAAACUCCACCAGAAUCUUGUGGCACAUAUGUUGAUGGGUAUAUAUUUUAAACGGAUAAAUCAACCAAUCUUUAUUUGACUAUAGCAAUCAUAAUAAUCGUUAUGGUCAUCUUUUUUGUGUUGCUAUUUUGUGUUUAUACAAAAUUGAUUAGAAAAGAAUUCAAGGAAAGUAGCUAGUCAUAAGUCAAUGAAAUGGUUACUCAGUAUAUCCAACUCUAUGAAUCAAAAGACAAGAAAAGCAGAGAAGCUAUAUGA